AAAGAGUGGUGGGGGCCGAAAAACGCCACGUUCUAGAGGCACUGCGGAAAAAUUAUCAUUCUUGGUCGGACAGCUACUGAAGCAGCAACCUUACAACUGUCAAAAUGAAAUUUGUAAAGUUUUGUGAGAUUUCGGAGUAUUCCUUGUGUGACUCGAAAAAGCUUCGUUCAUUUUAUGCCCUUAGUAGAGAUAUAGAGAAAAAGAGAGUGAUCAAAAUGUCUCCUAUUUUGACAGUUCAAUUUUUCGCUAUAAUUGCAUCAGCCAUGGCUGCAACUAAAAUAAAAGCACCACCAGCACCACAACCCUGUGGACAAAAUGAAUCACUUCAAUGUAAAGCAAGUUGUAUAUCUACAUGCAAACCUGAUAUAUGUGAUACAAAUCAAGGGGAGCCAGGAUGUAAGAGGGAUACAUGUAAGUGUAAACCUAGGUUUUAUCAGGAUCAAACUAAACCUUUUUUAAAAUGCGUUGCGCUCGCGGAUUGCCCGUAAAACAAAUUUAAAGAAAAAUGGGAUCCGGCCUAACAUUGCAACUAAAGCUUCAAAUGAGAUUUUAAAACUGAAGUUGUAUACUUGUAAUAUGUAAUUACAGAUUAUAACCCAUAAAAUAAAUGUCACUUUGAAGAGAA